AUGCUACUGGAUUGAUACUUAAGAAUUUAUCCUUAUGAACGCUGGAGCGACAAGACAUUGCCAUCCUAUGUUGAGGGUGAACAUCUACAUGAUUACCAAUUGAGAAUUGCUGAUGGUCAGACACAACCACCGGAAUUACUAAACGAAGCGGAUUUGAUUGCCUUGAUGGAUAAAUAUGGCAUUGGAACAGAUGCAACACAUGCGGAGCACAUCGAGAAGAUUAAGACACGACAGUAUGUGGGCGUACGAGAAGAUGGACGCUUCAUUCCUGGUUACCUCGGGCUUGCUCUCGUUGAUGGUUAUGAUGCAAUG